ACAGUCUGUCCCGUGCCCGCCAGCCGGCCCGACAUGGCCUGCUACAUCUACCAGCUGCCCGCCUGGGUGCUGGACGACCUGUGCCGCAACAUGGACACACUCAGCGACUGGGACUGGAUGCAGUUCGCCUCCAAAGUGAUCCCAGACCUGACCCAGCUGCGGAAGAUCAAGUCCAUGGAGCGGGUGCAGGGCGUGAGCAUCACCCGUGAGCUGCUAUGGUGGUGGGGCAUGCGUCAGGCCACCGUCCAGCAGCUGGUGGACCUCCUGUGUCGUCUGGAGCUCUACCGCGCUGCCCAGAUCGUCCUGAGCUGGAAACCAGUUCCUGAAACCAGACCUUCUCUCCCAGCCUCCCCAGAGAUGGUGAAACCAGGACCUGUGGCAGCUUCUGUGAGAAACACCCAGGAUGAGCAGGAAAGGGGGCAACCCAUGAGGCCUGCCACCUUCCCAGGCCCAGGGUCCGAUCCAGCCAGAGACCAGCAGCAGGCCUCUGUCCCGCUUUCUUCUCAAGAGGCUGUCCUUCAUUCCUUACGACCUCAACUCCCCACCUCCCUGGAUUCAAAGGACUUCAGCACCUCUGUUCCACAGCAGGAAAAAUGUUUGAGCAUGACUGAAGAAAGCCUUUUCUGGAGUGAGGAAGAUGUAGUCCAGGCAACCGAUGACUUUGACCAAAGCCACAGAAUCAGUGAAGGCACCUUUGCUGAUGUCUACAGAGGGCAAAGGCAUGGGAUGCCCUUAGCCUUCAAGAAGUUCAGAGAGACAACCUGCUCAAGUCCAGGGUCAGUGGAGAGAUUCUUCCAGGCAGAGGUGCAACUUUGUCUUAGAUGUUGCCACCCCAACAUCUUACCUCUGCUGGGCUACUGCUCUGGAAGACAGUUUCACAGCCUGAUCUACCCCUACAUGGCAAAUGGUUCUCUACAGGACAGACUCCAGGAUCGGGGUGGCUCGGAGACCCUCCCCUGGCCCCAGCGCAUCAGCGUCUGCUCGGGGCUGCUCCGUGCUGUUGAGCACCUGCAUGGCCUGGAGAUCAUCCACAGCAACAUCAAGAGCUCCAAUGUUUUGCUGGACCAAAAUUUCACCCCCAAGUUGGCUCAUCCAGUGGCUCACCUGUGUCCUGUCAAUCAAAGGUCAAAAUACACCAUGAUGAAGACCCACCUUUUCCAGACCUCCGUGGCUUAUCUGCCAGAGGAUUUCAUCAGGGUGGGGCAACUGACGAAGAGAGUGGACAUCUUCAGCUGUGGAAUAGUGCUGGCCGAGAUCCUCACUGGCAUCCCUGCGGUGGAUAAGGACCGCAGCCCAGUUUACCUGAAGGAUUUACUCCUCAGCGAGAUUCCUAGCAGUACCUCCUCACUCUGCUCCAGGAAGAUGGGUGUGGAGAAGGCAGUGGCAAAGGAGAUCUGCCAGAAGUACCUGGAGAAAAGGGCGGGGGUGCUGCCGGGGCGCUGUGCGGAGGCCCUGGGCGCAGCCGUCGGCCUCUGCCUGCGGAGGCGUCACGCCAGCCUGGCGGAGGCACGUGACUCUGUGGCUGCAGUGGAAGAGUGGUUCCGAGGUCAGGAGACCUCGAUCCCUUGGAGUGGGUUCUCUGAGGGCACAGGUGCUUCCUCCAACACCCCUGAGGAAACAGAUGACGUGGAUGAUGGUAGCCUUGAUGCCCCCUCCUCUGUGAGGGCCUCUCCUGUCCCUGCAGAGAAUGGAGAAGGAAGGCUGCAGGACACCAGGGGAGUGGAGGCGGACUCCUCUGAGGCCUGUGCUGGCCCCUGGGCUCCCGAGGAUGCUACAGAGACUUCUUGGAAAGUUGAGAUCAAUGAGGCCAAAAGGAAAUUGAUGGAGAACAUCCUGCUUUACAAUGAGGAAAAACUGGACAGCACUGAACUUUUUGGACCUUGAUGACUGGAACACAGCGGAGGACCCUUGUCCUCAAUUGGAAAGAGAAGUGACCAAUCAAGGAAAAGGUCUGAGGCAGACUCCAAGUUCUGCCAAGAGGAGAACAUUAACUUUCCAUUAUGGAAGGGAAGGAAACUUCCAUUUCACCAGAGUGAGUGAGAAGACCAGGGACCUCAGCUUUUACAGACACAAAAAUCCACAAAGUGUUCUUCCUGUCUGGGAUUUGUUAGUCAGAGCUGGGUAUCAAGAGAUGGAAGCUGAGGCCUGGUACAUGUGCCCAGGAUGUGGGUGAUUUUGUGGUUCUGGGGAGCCCAUGACGAUAUCCACACCAGUAAAAACUGUCACCCCAGCAGCUCUCAGCGCUUGGCAACUGUCAGAGCGAUUCUGCAAUGCCGAUAUUGAUUUCCAGAGCUAAGACCUGCGUGUCACAUUUGCCAACAACCACCUGCAAACUUCCAUACCCUGAAAGGUAUUCAACUUGUGUCCCAAUGAAGUUCUUGACUCACUCUCAAGGUCUCAGAUGUUACAAAUGCCAGGCACUUGGCAAAGGACUCUCUGGGCUUUCUACUUCCUCCCGGUAAUGUUGUAACUCGCAGAUAUUUAUUAAGUGCCAGCUCAGUACCUGUACUCUCCCCAUCUUACUAAUGUUUGUAUUUUUAAUGGAGCUUUUAUUCUGAGUCUUUGUGUUAUUUAUGACUGGAUGAAGAAUCAGGAGAAGUAACCUCAUAUUUGAUUCUGCUGCUAUGGAAGUCAGUUUCUUUGUAAGUAAGACACCACCUGUUCAUUCUCCCUGCCUCAGUUGUAGGGAGGAACAGAUGCAAUGGCUACAGAAGCACUUUGAAAAUGCACUUGUCCUAUUUUAUAAAAUAAGUAAAGUAUUAAGUGUAUAUUUCUGCCAUGUCUCCAAUGUUUAUGCAUUGGGUAUAUUUUUGAAAAAUCAUGUUGCAAAUCUGUCCAGGAAACAAAUGCUAUUUUUACUGCACUAGGAAAAAUGUCAUAUUUAAAAUAAUUCUAUUUUUUUUUUGUAAAAUAAAAAAUAUUUGUAAA